AUGACCAAGCUCUCCUGGGAUCAGGCCAAGUUCGACCGCUGCUUUCCGACGACGCAGAACACCAUCUUGAACGGUCAGUAUCUGCUGCAUCACUUACCUGACAUCUACCCGAAGACGAUCAAUUUGAUCCGGAGACUCUCGGACGAGUACGAGGCCGUGCUACGGGACUACGACGUUGACGUCUUGAUCCUCCCCACCACGUCGCUCAACUUCGUGGCCAGGAGGCAUGGGACUAGGACGGGCUUGUCCAUGGAACAGAUCGCGCCGACCGUCGGCCUGAGGGCCAACACGGUCCAAUUCAAUGCCACCGGUCAUCCGGCAAUGUCGAUCCCUAUCGGCAAGGCUCCGGCCGAGGAAGAUAACAGCGUCAUGUUGCCCGUGGGCAUGCAGAUCGUGGGUGCCCUGUGGCAUGACGACAAAGUGCUGAGGGUAGGGCAUGCCUGGCAGAGGGCGUUUGAUUGGAAAUAA